AUGGCUCGCUCUUUCUCCGCCGUCAAGAUCAUGUCCGCCCUCGUCUCCGAUGGAUUCCGUAACGCUCUCUUCAUCAGGCGAGGAUAUGCGGCGGUGGCGGCGGAUAGAGUUGUGGCAAAAAGUGGCAGCAAAACGAAGAAGGAAGAAGCAGAAAGAAGUACAGAAGAGAAGAUGGCGUGGGUCCCUGAUCCGGUGACCGGUUACUACCGGCCGGAGAACUGCGCCGACGAGAUCGAUCCCGUCGACCUCCGUGCUAUGCUUCUGAAGCCGAGAAGAAAAAUAGUCAAUUAA